AUGAUUACAAUCAUAAGAUAUGUGUGUAAACCCAAACGAUUUGGUUCAUGGUGUGCUGUAAUUAAUAGACCUUCUGUUUUAGGGUCGGUUCGUCAGUACUCUGUCCAUCCAGUUGAGAAAGCGGUUAGUAAAACGAUUCUAGAUAUUCAGAGGAAGUAUACCCUUAAACAGCCCAUCACAAUGUGCACUGCAUAUGACUACAUAUCAGCAAAUUGGGUUCAAAAGUCUAAUAGUGAUAUGUUGCUAAUUGGUGACUCUAUGGCUAUGACUACUCUAGGAUACGCCAGCACUACCGAACUUCCCUUUGAAGAAUUUAAGUACCAUGUUAAAUCGGUUUGUAGAGCCAAUGGUUCAUCAUUGAUUGUUGCAGACUUACCAUUUGGGAGCUUUGAAGCUAGCCACGAACAGGCGAUUAAUAAUGCUAUUGAAAUAAUGAAAUUGACUAGUAAAGUAACCUCUGUUAAAAUUGAGUCAGGUACUUUGAAAAAUGAUGAAUAUACAAUAGAAUUAAUAGGAAAAUUAUGUUCAAGAGGUAUUCCAGUUAUUGGGCAUAUAGGUUUGACGCCACAACGCUCCAAUACAUUGGGUGGUUUUAAAGUUCAAGCCAAUAAAUCCAUUGAGGAUAUGCAAGAUUUGGUCAACACAGCAGUGGCAUUAGAAAAAGCAGGUUGUUGGUCUCUUCUUCUUGAAUGCAUACCUGCGCAUCUAGCAGGUCAUAUCACUAAAACUGUAAAUAUUCCUACAAUUGGCAUUGGUGCUGGUAAUCAGACAAGUGGCCAGGUACUGGUUGUAUCCGAUAUAUUAGGUAUGCAAGAUGGUCGCGUGCCAAAAUUUGUCAACAAGUAUACCAAUCUAAAUGAAACAGCAAUUGGAAGCAUCUUUAAAUAUAUAAGCGAUGUGGAGUCAAAAGUAUUCCCAGAUGCACAAAAGCAUUCUUUUAGUGUUAAAGAUCAUCUGUGGGAGCAGUUUAUCAAAGAUAAAAUAUAA